AUUUGCCCUUUAUGUCUGCCUCAGUCUCCGCUACUGGAACAAUCGUGUAUGUUUUUAUUUCUCAGAAGACAAAAAUGGAUUGCAGGGAGACGCUGAUGAUUUAAAGGUCUGAUGCGUGUAACUGUCUGAUAGCUCUUUGUUUUCCACACUCCUUUGCCUAGAAAAAGAAAUCAAAGUGUAUUUUAAUCAUGCUGAUCAGCAAGUGUGAGGGAUUCCUUCAGUUUGGUGCAUGUCUCUGGUUGUAUAUAUUCAUACCUUUCUUUAAAGGCUGUGCAGGCUGUGCGUCUGAGGAGAGACUCUUUCACAAACUAUUCUCUCAUUAUAACCAGUUCAUCAGACCUGUGGAAAACGUUUCUGAUCCUGUCACGGUGCAUUUUGAACUGGCCAUCACACAGCUGGCCAACGUGGAUGAAGUAAACCAAAUCAUGGAAACCAAUCUGUGGCUGCGUCAUGUCUGGAAUGAUUAUAAAUUGAGAUGGGAUCCAAUGGAAUACGAUGGCAUUGAGACUCUUCAUGUUCCUGCUGAUAAGAUUUGGAAGCCUGACAUUGUUCUCUAUAACAACGCUGUUGGUGACUUCCAAGUGGAAGGCAAGACAAAAGCUCUUCUUAAAUACAAUGGAAUGAUAACCUGGACUCCACCAGCUAUUUUUAAGAGUUCCUGUCCUAUGGACAUCACUUUCUUCCCUUUUGAUCAUCAAAAUUGUUCCCUGAAAUUUGGUUCCUGGACAUAUGACAAAGCUGAAAUUGAUCUUUUAAUUAUUGGCUCUAAAGUAGAUAUGAAUGAUUUUUGGGAAAACAGUGAAUGGGAAAUUGUUGAUGCUUCCGGCUAUAAGCAUGACAUAAAGUAUAACUGUUGUGAAGAGAUAUACACAGAUAUAACCUAUUCUUUUUACAUUAGAAGACUGCCAAUGUUUUAUACUAUUAAUCUGAUUAUCCCCUGUCUCUUUAUUUCAUUUCUAACUGUGUUGGUCUUUUACCUGCCUUCUGACUGUGGGGAAAAAGUGACACUUUGCAUUUCAGUUCUGCUUUCUCUGACUGUGUUUUUGCUGGUCAUCACAGAAACCAUCCCGUCCACAUCUCUUGUGAUCCCACUUGUAGGUGAGUACCUACUGUUCACCAUGAUCUUUGUCACCCUAUCCAUUGUGGUGACCGUCUUUGUGUUGAACAUACACUAUCGUACUCCAACCACACACACCAUGCCCAAGUGGGUAAAGACAGUUUUCCUUCAGAAGUUACCCCAGAUCCUGAUGAUGAUGAGGCCUCUGGACAAGAUGAAGGAGACAAGUUCUGACAAAAACCCCAAAGGCAUUUCCACUAAGCUGGCCAAAACCAAGGUUGCUAACCACAGAGAGCCCAAUCUUAAAGAGUGCUGUCACUGUACUAAAUCAAGGGAACCUGCCACCAGCAGCAGCAAGAGAAGACUAAGUCGUCAGCCUUUAAAAUGGAUGACAGAAAAUUUGGAGCACUCCCCUGAAGUCGAAGAUGUGAUUAAUAGUGUUCAAUUUAUUGCAGAAAACAUGAAGAACCAGAAUGAAACAAAAGAGGUAGAAGAUGACUGGAAAUACGUGGCCAUGGUGGUGGACAGAGUAUUUCUUUGGAUAUUUAUAAUUGUUUGUGUGUUUGGAACUGCAGGGCUAUUUCUACAGCCAGUAUUUUACACAGGAAAAUUUUAAGAUGUAUAUAAAUUGCAGACACUUUGUUUUGUAUUCCCU